CUGGCGAUGGAGAGCGUGCGUGCUGCUGUCUACCUGUCCGUCUGUCUGUCCGUGCUGACUACGUCACUCUGUCAGGGUCAGAGGUCGGCCGACAACCCGCUGCCGGCUGCACCGGACGAGCCCAUCCUCCGGCUGGUGAGUCAUCCUCUGGCUGAAGCUCUGCAGGGUUUCCUGGAUGAAGCCGACAGCAGCGCCGGUCUCUCCGUGGAGAAGAAAGCCAGCGUCAUCCCCCGGUGUGAUGUGGGCGAGCGCUGUGCGAUGAAACACGGACCUCGUAUCGGCCGACUGUGCGACUGUCUGCGAGGAGCGGCCUGCAACACCUUCUUCCUGCGCUGCUACUGA